AACUUCACUUGUUUUCAUCCUUAACAUCGUCUCUUUUUUUUGUCUGAUCGGCACGAGCGUUACUGCACUUCCUCCUCGUGCACGCGGGUCGUCACUUCAGGAACAGUGCACGUGCAGUGUGACGUAAAGAGUCUCUAAUGGCCCCAGAGGAGGAGGGCCCUGGCUCCUCCUCAGUCUUCGGGGAGGUGUGUAACUCCAUUCGUGAGCGCAGUAUCGCGGAGAACAGCUUGGUGGUGCUGUUGCAGGGCGUACAGGGUCACGUGACCACGGUGGAGUUAAGGGACGAGAGCUGGGCGCGUGGUAGAGUGGUUAACGUGGAUGCCUUCAUGAAUAUCCGACUGUGUGAGGUGGAGUUCAGAAACCGGACAGGAAAAGUGUGUGAGCUGCAGGACCUGUUCAUCACCGGGAGAAACGUCAGGUACGUGCACAUCCCAGACCACCUGGACAUCUUAAAAACCAUCCAGGACCAGAUCAAACGGAUCCACCGAGUCCGGAAUUUCGGGAAGGAGGGAGGAGGGCGCAAAGAAUUCGCCAAGAGCAAGAAAUAAAACCCAAAGUGAGGGACAGGGCUUCAGGACAGAGAGUGGACGCAGCCUGACGCUGACCGCCAUGUCGACCUGCAGCUGACCUCCAUGCUGACCUUCAGCUGAGCACCAUGCUCACAUACAUCUGACCGCCGCUCACAUACAUCUGACCACUGACUUUAUGUUAUAGUUCGGAGUUUUUCUGUUCCAAAGAUCAAAGUUGUGUUGCAGCCGUGAUUCAUGGACAAUGCCCCAAACACCUUUUUGUUUUGAAUGUCGUCUGAUUGUUAAGAACUAAACAAAUAAACAAGUAAAUAAAUAGAAAAGAACAGCUCUGGUUUAACCUGAAACGAGUCAGAGCUCUCAGGUGAAGUUUGUGUAACUGUCAGGCUGCAGAUGUGUGGACCUGGUUUAGUUCUGGUUUCGUCCUAGUUUAGUCCUGCUUUAGUCCUGGUUUAGACCUGCUUUAGUCCUGCUUUAGUCCUGCUUUAGUCCUACUUUAGUCCUGGUUUAAUCCUGGUUCAGUCCUGGUUUAGACCUGGUUUAGUCCUGCUUUAGUCCUGCUUUAGUCCUACUUUAGUCCUGGUUUAAUCCUGGUUUAGACCUGGUUUAGACCUGCUUUAGUCCUGCUUUAGUCCUGCUUUAGUCCUGCUUUAGUCCUGCUUUAGUCCUGCUUUAGACCUGCUUUAGACCUGCUUUAGUCCUGCUUUAGUCCUGCUUUAGUCCUGCUUUAGUCCUGGUUUAAUCCUGGUUUAGACCUGGUUUAGACCUGCUUUAGUCCUGCUUUAGACCUGCUUUAGUCCUGCUUUAGUCCUGGUUUAGUCCUGGUUUAGACCUGCUUUAGUCCUGCUUUAGUCCUGCUUUAGUCCUGCUUUAGUCCUACUUUAGUCCUGGUUUAAUCUUGGUUUAGACCUGGUUUAGUCCUGCUUUAGUCCUGCUUUAGUCCUACUUUAGUCCUGGUUUAAUCCUGGUUUAGACCUGGUUUAGACCUGCUUUAGUCCUGCUUUAGUCCUGCUUUAGACCUGCUUUAGUCCUGCUUUAGUCCUGCUUUAGACCUGCUUUAGACCUGCUUUAGUCCUGCUUUAGUCCUGGUUUAAUCCUGGUUUAGUCCUGGUUUUCUCUGUCAGUUUAAAUAAACAAAAGUCACAUUUUUUUAUUCAUAAAGUGGAACCAUUUUUCAGCCCAAAGAUAUGAGUGUCGUCAGAAAACUUUAAGACAGAAGAUUAAUAUGGCGUUUGUGGAGCCAGGACUAAACCAGGACUAAACAAGAAUUAUAUGAAGUUACACAGGCCCCGCCCUCUGACAUUAUAACAUCAUCACCGUAGAUUCAGUUGCUCAGAGCCACUGUUCUGUUUAACUGGAAAAGCUGAGUAUCCAAAGGGAGGUGUCAAGACUCGGAAAAUCUGACCACUGUAAUAUCUGACCACUGUAAUAUCUGACCACUGUAAUAUCUGACCACUGUAAUAUCUGUAAACAAAAUCAAAGACGAUAAUACACAUUAGUCAUUGAAAACAUAAGACCACAAACAUGGAACGGCCUUUACAAAGAGGAGAGGCUGUGGGUUAGACUCCUGAUCUGAGUGCAGUGUGAAUGUUCUCCCUGUGUGAGUGUGGCAGAGUGGUUAUCCUGUCUCCUCCCUCUCACCAGGAGGUUGUGGGUUAGACUCCUGAUUGUUUUGCCUCUUAUUUUUAAAUGAGUUAAGAUGAAGAAUGUGAGGUAUGUUUUUCCAUGGGGUCAGGAGGAGGACAGGGCUGGAACAAUAACCCUGGUCAAACGCAGCACUGACCCAGACACAGACCCAGUCUGUGACCUGGUGUCAGCUCUAACUGUUUAAAAUGGGAAUGUGUUGAAUAGAGCUACAAAAUGUAAGAAAUAAUGAUGUGUUGGAUUUAUAUAGUGCCUUUCAGGAGCAAUCAGAAAAGUUACUUACUGCAGCUUUAAAUUCUGGUAUUUCCAAAGUUCUUGUGUAAUUAGGAUUGUCAGAAAUAUUGAAAAUCCGAUCCUAAUCGAUACUAACACUAGCAUCAAAAGUAGACCCUCAUUAGAGCAGGUAUUGAUAUUACGCCAACUAUGUAACAUUUUUUGGUUGGGGGGG